AUGCCGUCGAUUCUCUCCGACGAGGACAAGCAGACGGUGAAGCGCACCGUGCCCAAGUCGGCCAACAAGAUCCAUACCGUCGCCGUCGCCAAGUUGUACAUUGCCUACCCCGACCCGCGCCGAUGGACCUACACGGGCUUGCAGGGCGCCGUCGUGCUGGCGAACGACCUGGUCGGCAAUACAUUCUGGCUCAAGAUGGUGGACAUAUCGCCCCACGGUCGCGGUGUUAUCUGGGACCAGGAGAUCUACGACACCUUCUCCUACAACCAGGACCGCGUCUUCUUCCACACCUUUGAGCUUGAGGAUUGUCUAGCAGGCCUGUCUUUCGCCGACGAGAAGGAAGCCAAGACGUUCAAGAAGAAGCUCGACGACCGCGAAAAAAACGCCCACAAGAACACAAAGAACAAACCUUUCAGCGCAUCCGCAGGGACCAGCGCGCCUGCAGCGAACGGCAAGAGCGGUGGUGGUCAUGGCCACGGCCUGCUGGGAGGGCUCUUCGGACACCGCCAUUCUUCCCAACCUGGCCCGCCGCCAGCAUCCAUCAUUCCACCCACCAAUGUUACAUCGCCUGUACAAAGCACCCAUUCCAACGCCACAAGUGCUCGCAACUCCGCCAUCGACACCACCGAUCCAUCAUGGCAGCCGCUUUUGAAGGAACUGCUGGCCAUGGGCAUCACCGAGGACCAGAUCGAAGAAAACGCCGAUUUCAUUAAGCUGUACAUUGAGCAGAGGAAGACGGAGGAGAAGCUCAAGGAUGAAAACAACCAGCGCAAAUCCAGAGCGCCUCCCCCUCCCCCACCGAGUGCGCCCCCCAUAGCGGCAUCUCUCAGCCCUCAGAACACUGGUGGAUCCAAGCGAGGACCUCCACCCGCACCUCCGCCAGCGCGAAGAACAAGGACAGACGCAGCCAUCAAUCGCAACUCUUCGGGAAGCCCUGCGCCGCCAUCACCACCGCGGGAAGCUUCACCCCCUCCAGGACCACCCAAGCCUGUUUUCAGAGCGCCUCCGCCUAUUGCGGAAGCAGGAAAGUUUGCGAAUAUGCCUCCUGCACCACCAAGCAGAGCGCGCGCCUCAUCCAACGCCGCCAACCCAGGGCCUCCACCGCCGCCGCGCCCACCAAAGACACCCGUACCCGACGAAGAGAGACCAGUGGGAGGCAAGUUUGGCGUGCCACCGCCCUUCACAGGCAACCGCGUACCCUCGGGCCCUCCACCACCACCCCCAAGUCGAGGACCAGUUCCACCACCGCCUCCAGCGAGAGAUACCCCAUCCGCGCCUCCCCCACUGCCCCCGAAGACAUCGGCAGCGCCAAUACCACCCCCUAUUCACAACAUACCACCACCACCUCCGCUGCCUCCGUCUUCGUCUCGACCAGCUCCACCUCCAGGCGCGGCACCAGUUCCACCGCCUCUACCCCCAACAAGCAAUGUAGCACCAAUACCUCCACCUCCACCGCCUAUGCCAAACAGAUCGAUUCCUCCUCCACCACCGAUGCCCAACAGCGGGGCACCGCCGCCCCCACCCCCUAUGCCAAACACAGGCGCUCCUCCGCCGCCUCCAAUGCCUCCUGGCUCUGUACCUCCUCCGCCGCCGCCCAUGCCUUCACGAAGUGCCGUAGCGCCACCUCCGCCUGGACCUCCACCACCACCAGGCGGCGGCGCACCUCUACCCAAACCGGCGGCCGGACGAGAUGGCUUAUUAGCGGAUAUCCGUGGAGGAGCGAGACUGAAGAAGGUUUCAGAUUCAGAGAAGAAGGACCGCAGUGCAGCGGCAGUUCCUGGUGCGGAACCUGCUGGGGGAGCUUCUGGUGGAGCCAGUGGCGCAGCUACACCUGGAGAUGCUGGCUUAGCUGGAGCAUUGGCUAGCGCCCUUGCGGCGAGGAAGUCUAAAAUGACGAGUCCGACAAAGAGGACUGGUAAACAAAGAAAGUUCAACCUGCUCAAAACAGCCUCAGCCCGAUAUACCGAGUCGAUUAUGGCUAUUUUCCGAUGCGGAUAUACCAGCUAUACGAUGUCAAACCCGCGGAAAGAGUUACUAGAAGACGUAUCAGAGCCUCUUGGCUAG